ACACGAACCCCGAAGCCAAGGAAGGGAGAGAGAGAGGAAGAGAAGGGUAAUUGGAUCGGCGAGGAAGAGGAGAGCGACGUAACCAGUCGCUGACACCAAAGACGAAGCGCCAGAGAGAGGAAGAGACGAGGUGGUGGAGGAAGAGGUCCAGUCUCCAUCGAUUCGUCUCCUUGUGCCGCGAAGCGCGCACUAAAACGCAAAUCUUUCCACCGCGCCCCUCUCUCUCUGUCUCUCUUCUCAGGGCCCAUGACUGUAUCUGCAGUACAGGUCCCGCCAUUGCCAUUGCCAGGCAUGGCCAUUUCCACCCACAGUGUGCCACCACCCCCCUUGGCAACCGCGCCUUCUGUUUUCUCUUUUCCCCUGCCUUCUCAUCUCUCUCCAAUGAUGCCACUUGCUCUCACAGUGAAAGUUCCCGUUCGUAUCGGGGCACACAGUGCCGGACCCCAACUGUUACUGCUUUCUACAGUUUCUACAAUUACUACGACGACGACGACGACGACGAAGAGGAGUUAAGGUGUCUCUUUAUUCACUGUUACUACGAUUACUGCUACGGCGACGACGACCAUGAGUAAAGUUAGUAUCUCUUAUCCCCCCGUGUAGAUAGAUUUGAGUGAGUCCAAUAUCUUUGGCAGAUCUGUAGCUCAGUAGCUCGUAUCGGGAGGGGUUUUACAUGCUUGAGGUAAGCGAGGAGACGGGUAGCUUUUGCCAUUAACUGGCAGCAGAGCUGCCGGUCCAGUCUUGUCUCGGAACGUAAUGGAUCCAUGAGGGAAGGCUGGUCGCUCAUGAGUUGGCAACGCAAGAAACAAAAAAGGGAAGGCUUCCCGUCGUACGACGCGAUGGUUCUUGGCAUGACAAAAAAUGCAAGCGCAGCACAGAAGAUCGCGCCACUCUCCGCCGGGGGGGCGGGGCGGGCAGAUUACCUCUGUAAGAUUGUCAGAUGUCCGGUUCCAUUGAUUUCUCUCUUCCAUCAUGCAUUUAUUACGUUCUUGUUCUUACACCUUCCCGUCUUUUGUAAGGAUGAAGGCACUGUUCCCAUCCGCUGGAUAAGUCUCAUGUCCCAAAGCAUGGAUUUAUCGUUUAUGCUGCUCCGCACUAGCCUACCCUCUGCCACUGUUCCACCUCUAAGCCACCUCUCUCUCUCUCUCUCUCUCUCUCUGGGGACAGGAAACCUUUAUCUUUUCUUUUCUUUUUAUCCUUCUUCUUAACAGUAAAGUAAAAGACAUCUUCCGUGGGAUCAAUGGAUGGGUUUCCGCCGUGUGCAAAUAUGAUCAUGGCAUCACGUUCCUUGCUCAAACAUUGACACGGCGCCCACCGCACUCCACUGUCCCUGUUGUGAGUAGUCUUUUACCCCGACGACCUUCCUCCCCUCACCCUUUCUCUUCCCAUCUCUCUCUUUCUUUACCACCUUUCGUCUUUUUGCCGUUCGCGUGCGUUUCCUUUACGUUGCUGUCCCGUCGCCCUGUCUCAACUUCCUCUUCCCUUAUAUUUGAAGCCCGCUUUGUUCGCCCUUGGCCAAAUAUUCCCUUUCCAUUUCGCUGCUGCUGCAUGGUUAUGCUAUGCCAUGCUAUGCUCUGCCCUUUGGAUCGAAGCUGCUAGCCAUCGGCAUCAUUGGAAGACCGUCAAAGCUAUGAGGCGCCAGAGGAGAUGGGAGUCGGCCACUGCAAAUGAAGGAUAGGCAGCGGUGGAGAUCUGAAGAGGAUGCUAUAUUGCGUGCGUACGUGAAGCAGUAUGGUCCCAGGGAGUGGCACCUCGUGUCCCAGCGCAUGAAUGUUACCCUCGACCGGGACGCCAAAUCCUGCUUGGAGAGGUGGAAGAAUUAUCUCAAGCCCGGCAUCAAGAAGGGAUCGCUCACCGAGGAGGAGCAGCGCCUGGUGAUAAGGCUGCAGGCCAAGCACGGCAACAAGUGGAAGAAGAUCGCGGCCGAGAUCCCCGGACGCACAGCCAAGCGGCUGGGCAAGUGGUGGGAGGUGUUCAGGGAGAAGCAGCAGCGGGAGCAAAGAGAGAGCAACAAGUCCGGGGCCGCCACCGCCGAGCCGGGCAAGUACGACCGCAUUCUCGAGAGCUUCGCCGAGAAGCUGGUUAAGGAGCAGCGGGCCGUCCCACUGCUCAUGGCCACGCCAUUCCUUCCACCGUGGCUGUCGAACAAUGCCGGCUCCCGCAGGCCGCCGUCGCCAUCGGUCACACUUACACUCUCACCUUCCACCGUCCCUCCUGCUCCUAAGCCCUGGCCGCAGCCUGAACGAGGAGGAAACGGUGGUUUGGGGCUGACAACCUCUCAGCGCAGCGUGGUGCCGGGGUUCGCCAGUUCGGUCGACGGCAACAUGAUGUCGGAGCUGGUCGACUGUUGCAGAGAGUUAGAGGAAGGGCAUCGAGCGUGGAUGGAGCACAAGAAGGAAGCGGCAUGGAGGCUGAAGAGGCUGGAGCUGCAGCUGGAGUCGGAGAAGGCUUGCAAGAGGAGGGAGAAGAUGGAGGAGAUCGAGGCCAAAGUGCGAGCACUCAGGGAGGAGCAGCAGGUGGUGCUGGAGAGGGUCGAAGCAGAGUACAAGGAGCAGAUCGCGGGGUUGAGGAAGGAUGCGGAAGCAAAGGAACAGAAACUAGCGGAUCAGUGGGCUGCGAAGCAUAUGCGGCUGAGCAAGUUCCUUGAGCAGGUGGGCUGUCGCCAGUGGCCACCGGCCGACAUGAAUGGGCGGUGAGGAUGAACCUCCCUACCUGCCGUGGAACCUGAAGCUUAAGCCAAUAACUCAUCUGUUCGUCUCUAUUGCCUUCAUCCUCUCUUCCGAAGAAGAAAUCCCAGUUUAUCUAUUUGUACUGCCUCGAUCUAACUGUUCCCAGUAAUUGAAUAUGCUGCAAUCGUCUA